AUGAAAGCUCUGUGUAUAUUAAUCGCUGCUGUAGCAGUGGCUACAGCAAGUCCAAUACAAUACAAGGCGUUCGUACCAGUUGGACUAGGGAAGAAUCAUAUAAACAGUACUAAUACAAGUCAUCCAAUACAUCCACAUAAUGCAACGUUCCAUAAUGCGACACAUUACGCACCAAUAAACGUUGGGCUACCAGGAUCCAGCUUCAAUUAA